UAAUGUUUAUUUAUUUUGUAGAAAGAGAAAGAGAGAGAUCAUGAGCGAGGAAGGUGCAGAGAAGGGGAUAGAGGAUCUGAAGCAGGCUCUGCUCUGACAGCAGAGAGCCUAAUGCAGGUCUUGAACUCUCGAACCAUGGGAUCAUGACCUGAGCAGAAGUUACCUGCUCAACCGACUGAGCCAGCCAGGCAACCAAAUCAGUUGUAUUGUUGGUGAACUUUGGGGCUGCUGUUAGUGCUUGCUAUUAUGAACAGUGCUAUGAACAUUCUUGUACAUAUAUCCUGAUAUACCUGGACAAGAGUUGCUCUUGGAGUGGAAUUUCUAGGUCAUAGUGCAGAAACAUGUCUCUGUUACCAAGGUAAUUGCAAAUCAUUUUUCCAACAUGGAUGUUCCAAUUUACGCUCCCAUCAUCACUGUUUUGUGGUACUGUAUCCUUGCCAGCCCUCAAUAUGGUCCAACUUCCUAAUUUUUACUAGUCUGGUAGAUGUAAAUGACAUUUUCUUGUAGUUUUAAUUUGUUUACAGGAUUGCUGAAGAGGCUAAGAGUAUUUUCAUAUGUUUAUUGGCCAUUUGUCUUUUCUCUCCUUGAAGUACCUGCAAUGGGCUCUCUGUUGAAGGGUAAGGGCACAGGCUUCAGAGCCCGGCCCUCAAGGACCAAUGUCCCAGCCUAGAGUUCAGUUUCGAAGGUACAGUGAUGAUUGAGUAGAGGACCUCCUAGGUACCUGCAUCCCAUCUUACUCAGUGACCCUCUCUCAAAACUACUGUCAGAUGGUCUCAGAUAAGACCAACUCCACGCAGCCUAGUUAAGCAGCAAAGAUGUUGGAGCUCAGGAUCCCAGCAUGUGUCCUGACCGACGAUCCAGUGGAGAAAAUGGGCUACCUUCCUGCCCCAUUGCCAACGCUGUGCUACAAGCUGCUCACACCAAAGAUGGUACCUAGAACUCUCCACGGGUGGGGGGCGGGUGCGCUUCGUGGGGUUCAGUGGUUAAGCCUCAGACUGUCAGACUUGGGCUCAUCGAGAUCUCCGUUUGUGAGUUCUGGCCGCUGGAGGAGCUCUACGCUGGUGGUGUGGUGGUGCGGAGACUGCUUGGGAUUCUCGAUCAUUCUCUCUCUGCCCCUCCCCCACUUGCAUGCACUGUCUCAAAAUAAAAAACUUAAAAAAAAAAAACAAAAAACUCCACCGUAGCCUCCAGAAUCGCACAAGUUCCUUCCGUUAUUAGUUCAUCCUCUGUUAAUUACCACGUGAGGUCUCAUUCAUUGGAUCAACAAGUACUGAGCACCAGACAAAAACAGGAAAAGACAAUCAGGCCCGCCCUCAGCCCCGGGGGAGGGGGGUGGGAGAAGCGGACCAUCGGCCCACAAGGGGCUGUGCACGGGUCACCCUCAGCCUCCGCAUAGGCUCCACCCCAUCGGUGCCCCCAGCUUCCUCCUGGAGGUGAAGUGUAGAACUCCCUGUCCAGGUCGCCUUCCCGAGAAGCGCGUCACGUGACCGCGUCGGGCGCAGGGGGCGGGGCCGAACGGCCAGGCGCUGCCGGGUCGCCUAGCAACGGCGCCACGCAGAGCCAUGCAGGCCCGAGGCAGCAGAGAGCAGGAGGCCAGGGAUUAUUUGGAAAAACAUCGGAUUAUGGAGUUGCUGAACUAUCUCACCAGCACCCUGCUCUUUUUCCGGCCAGAAAAACCAAGAGAGUAUUUAAUAUCUGUAUUGGAACGACUGAGAAUUGCCAAAAUGACAGGCUUGGCUUUUCCUUUCUUUAUGGAUCAUUCUAACAUUGUGUCUAUGUUUGAAAUGAUGGACACUUCGAAUAAAGGCACCAUAUCGUUCGUGCAGUACAGAGAAGCCUUAAAAACCCUGGGUCUGUUGACUGCAGAUGAAGUUUUAAAAGAUGAUGGACAUGCAGUAACUCUGGAUAAAUUCAGACGUGAAGUGAACAAGAGGAUGGAGGAAAUAUGGGCAGCGUUUUAAUAAUGCCAUCAGUCCAAGAUAAUAAAUGAUUCCAUAAAGUU